AUGCUAACAGCAUUUCGGACGCGAGUCUUGUCGCGAGAUGCAACAUUAACUCAUCUCUCCGCGCGUUCUAAUAACUCAUAAAUUUCGCAAACUCAGAGAUACUAUUCCAAUAAUGUUUAAUUGAAAAAAUAUGUGCGAUUAAGUGUGGCAGAGUGAGACAAUCGCCGACCAGCUGCCGCAAAUCGGUGGAUUUACGUGCGACGGCGUCGCUUCAUAAUCGCCAAUUUAUCUGAAAGCGGUACGUUAGCCUCGAUGAAUUUGAACUUCUGACCGAGGACAAAUUAAAUUUAACGCUCGGCGCUGACGCGAGAAGUCGUUCUGUGAAAAAUUAUUUGUUUUCGAUGCGGCCUGCGUAACUAAUACGAUCGUGCAUUCGAACUUUAUCAAAUUGAAAGAGAUAAAAUAUACAGCAGAGUAUCGUGGAUGAAUUCCAUUCCAUUGCCAUUCCAUCGAAUCGCGGUGUAAGAAGCAUAGUUGACGCUAGGUGGUCCCGGUGGUGCGGUCGGGUGCAUCGAGAAAUCGGAUCGCAAAAAAAAGCAUCGACUAAUCAGAUACCACCUGGCAUGAUGUGGCUCGGAUCAUUCAUAUUUUUGGCCAUUGUCGUUUUAUUCGUCUCGGCGACAACGGUGGUUGAUCUGUCAUUCCAUAAAUUAAAAAAAGAAACUUUCUUUGUGAGAAUGCAAUCGCAAUAUAAUCAUUUGAAAGGAGUGACAGACCUCAAUUUGAAGGGAAACGAGUUUGACAGUUUCCUAGAUUGCUCCACUAAUUUAGAAAAUCUUAGAACGCUAGAUUUGUCCCAGAAUCAUCUCGUACGAUUCUUUUUCCUGUGCAAAGAAGAAUAUAAUCUGCAAGUGUUAAAUGUGAGCCACAAUAAAUUAGAGUACAUCGAUGACAAUGCUUUCAAUGAUCGGAUACCAAAGCUGAAGAUAUUAGAUCUUUCUUUCAACAAACUCACUGUCGUUAAUGAAACCAUGCUGCAAUAUUUCACGGUUCUCGAAUAUCUAUCUCUAUCUCAUAAUCCUAUAGGAGAUGGGAUACAUGAAAGCGCAUUUUGGAACUUAGAAGCACUGAAGCAUCUUGAUCUGAAGAAUAUAUCCGCACCAUAUUUUUCAUCCGUUUUCUUCAAGACCUUGACGAAUCUGUCAACCCUCGACCUAUCCUGGAAUCCAAUCGACACGAUACCUCUAUUACCGAUAAAUUUGCAGGAGUUGGAUUUAUCCGGCACGCAAGUGAUAAGUUUUGAAAAAUUGUAUCUACCAAAGUUACGAGAACUGAAGCUGAACUACAUGUCGAACUUAACAUCAUUCGCGCUGAAUGAUCUCGAAAACCUCACCGGUCUGGAGAUAUUAUCAAUGAUCGGUUGCAGACGAUUAAUUCAGCUUAGCCUUUGGCCGCAGCUCGGUGUUGUGCUACCUCGGUUGCAACAUCUCUCGAUAAAAGAGUGCGGCCUUGAAACCUUGGAUAUCGAGCUGCGUGCAUUGGUGAAACGAACACCGGUCGUCGAGCUGGACAACAAUCCCUGGAAAUGCGAUUGUAAAUUGGAAUGGAUCGGUCUGUUAAAUUCGAGCAGAAAUCUCAGUCGAGAUAUCAGAUGCUACGCACCGGAUCAACACCAUGGCAAACUACUCGCUGAAAUACCAAACUACGAGCUGGAAUGCGAAUACGACUCAUCAAUUCUUUAUCCGAUUCUGUGGACAUGUCUCUCGCUAAUAAUUGUUUUCCUAAUCAUCGCCAUGAUUGUAGUCUUCUUCAAACGACCGAUAAGUCAAUGGAGUUUUAAAGGAAAAAACGGGGAUACCGUCACGUACAAGAAUGUCAUCGAAUCGAACAAUGAUCUGGUCCGAAUAUUGGCGGUAUCCGAGGCGCACGAACGCAACGAAGAAUGAAGCCAAAUUAAAGAGAAAGAAUACACAAGAGUAUACGGACAAUCAUUCGGCUUAAUCGUAGAUAUUCCAUCGUAGAUAUAUCAUCAAAUUUUUUGCAAAAAUUUUGUUACAAUAUUUACUUUGAAUAAUAUAAUGUAGCAUUGUUAAUGUGAUGACACAACGUAAAAUGUCAACAAGAAUAGAUAUUGAUGUAUAUAGAGUAAUCUAAAAAUUACUAUUUGCAAGGUGUUAAAAUUUUUAUGUGCCCGAUAAUAAGAUUAAUUCCAGGAUUACACCGUUAGAUAACAAAUUAUUACACAAUCAAAUAUAUAUUGUAGUAAACACUAAGAAAAGUCUUUUAUGCCACGCUCUGUAAAUUCGAAAGACCAUGUGCCAUGGAUUCGAGUACUCGUAGGGUAUUCCCAGUGUUCGAUAAUAAUGCGAAACUCUUCUGCGGUCGAAUAAAACGUCUUUUUUUUCUGUCGGUAAGAA